ACUUCUCAGUCUGCAGCAAGCAAGCUGCAGACAUAUACACACACACACACGCUUCAGUCUCACACAUGCUGGAGUCUCUCUAUCCCCUCAUGCAUACUACCUGCUGCAUGCAGUUAUGCUAACUCAACUUUACAAUGCUGAUACUUGAAACUCCAGCUUCUAGGCUAUAAUAGACAACCGUAACCUCUGACCUUCUACUUGUCCAACUUUCUUUCCUGUUUCCACUUUUUUUUUUUUUCUCUAAUUGUCUCCAGCUAAUGGCUUUUGAUGGAUGUAACAGCAGGAGACUACUUCGCUCAUCAAUCGCUACCCAGUUUUGUUCCACAAGUUUGAAUGCAUCUUGUCUUCUGCUAGAAUAAAAGAAAGCGGGAAGAUUGGUCUGCUCCCAUGGCAGGAUUAUUAGCAUCAUUAAGUUUCCUCUGCGCAGUCCCUCUCUUUGCUCUAGUUAAGGCUUUGAUCUCUUGUGCUGGAGACUCAGAUGGACGUGUGCAGAGAAGAUUUUGAGCCCGUGAAUAGAAGAGCUGUCAUUUUCUUUCCCUUUUUUCCUGUCGGGGGAAUAAGGCACCGUUUGUACAUCUCAUUCAACUUGGCACGAAGCAAUGCAGAGGAUCCACAGGUCCUAGUUGGUACCUUCGCUCCACAGCACUUGUGUGCCAGAGACCAUCGGUUAACCUUUGCUCCGUUAAUCACAGUAAUUGCCAACUAGACCUCUCCACCUGAACCCCUAGGUGACAUGCAGUCGCUCAUAUCUCCUGUGACCAAGGCUAUCCUAGUAGCUUUAUUUAUUUUUGCCAUUCUCCUGAUCCUCUAUGUGAUCUUGUGGUAUAUCUGCAGAGACGUGGAUUGUGAUCAUGGAAUUUAAUAUGGGAUACCAGGCAAUGGAGUAGGAACAGAGUUGGUCACAAUAGGAGUCAAUGAAGCCGUCAUUAGCCACUAUUUUUCAUGACAAGCAAAGACCAGAAACUGACCUUCAGAACUCAGGGUGACUCGAUCUCCCAAGACAGGAUGGAAAAGUUGCUUUUGUAACUGGAGGCUCAAGGGGGAUAGGAUAUUAUACAGCAAAACAUUUAGCCAAACAUGGAAUGCACGUGAUAAUAGCAGGAAACAAUGAAGCUGAUGGCAUUGAAGCGGUGAGACAAAUACAACAAGACACCCUGAAUGAGAAAGUGGAAUUUUUAUUUUGUGACUUGGCUUCUAUGAAGUCCAUUCGGAAAUGUGUUCAGAAUUUCAAAGCAAAAAACCUUGGCCUUCAUGUACUGAUCAAUAACGCUGGUGUGAUGCUGGUACCUGAAAGCAAAACAGAAGAUGGUUUUGAGACACACUUUGGCUUAAACUUUUUGGGCCAUUUCCUACUGACAAACCUCCUGCUGGAUACUAUGCGGAAAUCUGGAACCCCUGAUUUUAAUACACGUGUUGUUACAGUAUCAUCGGCCACCCAUUUUAAUGGAGACUUGAAUUUUGAUGACCUGCAAACAAGCCACAGUUACUCAUCCCAUGGUGCAUAUUCUCAGAGUAAACUGGCCCUUGUCCUGUUCUCUUACUAUUUACAACAUCAGCUUACUGCAGAAGGUUGCUAUGUAACUGCUAAUGCAGUGGAUCCUGGAGUAGUGAACACUAACCUCUACCAGCAUGUCUCCUGGCCAGGAAGAUUUGUGAAAUGGAUGACUGGCUGGCUUUUUUUAAAGACACCUGAAGAAGGGGCAUUCACAUCCAUCUAUGCAUCCAUUUCACCAGACCUGGAAGGAAUUGGGGGCUGUUAUUUAUAUAAUGGACAAAGGAUAAAAUCUGCGGAUGUAACAUAUAAUACAGAGGUUCAGAAGAAGCUAUGGGCUGAAAGCUGCAAGAUGGCUGCACUUCCUGCAUUAACCUAAAAUGUUUUGUUUAUUAUUCUUUGUUAUGUCCACAUAUACAGUAGUUUAGUAUUUUCUAUACAAAACCUGGAUCAUUGUGGGGAUAGUAACUGGAAAAUUGUGACAAAUAUUUCAACAAUAAAUGCUUGUUAAAACAA